UGUAUGGGCAUGGACAUGGAUGGACAUGGGAUGAGAUGGUGGGGUGGUGGGGCAGGUCGCUCAUCUUGACUCGACUCAAUCCACCACCACCACUCCACAAAGCAACCGUAGCAAUGGCCGCACUCACCACUACUGACCUCCAUGGCGCCCUCCCGCUCAUCGCCAAGGGCAAAGUCCGCGACAUCUACGAGCUCCCGGAUAAUUCCUCGUUGCUGUUUGUCGCCACGGACCGUAUCUCGGCGUACGAUGUUGUCAUGAGCAAUGGCAUCAAAGACAAGGGCAAGCUCCUCACCGCGCUCUCCGCAUUCUGGUUCGAGCUCCUCGGCGACAAAUGCCCCAACCACCUGAUCUCAACCACCGACUUCCCCGCCGAAGUGAAGCAGUACGAGGACCAGCUCGUCGGCCGGAGCAUGGUCGUCAAGAAGCACAAGAUCUUCCCGGUCGAGGCGAUUGUCCGCGGCUACAUCACCGGAAGUGCGUGGGCAGAAUACAAGAAGGAGGGCACUGUGCACGGCAUCAAGGUUCCCGAGGGAAUGAAGGAGAGCCAGAUGUUUGAGAAGCCGCUGUUUACGCCCAGCACUAAGGCGGAGCAGGGGGAACAUGAUGAGAACAUCCACCCUGACAAAGUGGUCGAGCUAGUCGGUGAGAAGUACGCUAAGCGUAUCGAGGAGCUGGCCCUCGAGCUUUACACCACUGCCAGGGAUUACGCCGCGGAGCGCGGCAUCAUCAUUGCGGACACCAAGUUCGAGUUCGGUCUGAACGAGAAAGACGAGAUUGUUCUCGUGGACGAGGUUCUCACUCCCGAUUCCUCUCGUUUCUGGCUCGCCUCCGCGUACGAGGUCGGCAAGGGGCAGGAUAGCUACGACAAGCAGUUCUUGCGGGACUGGUUGACGGCGAACGGCGUCAAGGGUAAGGAGGGUGUCGAGAUGCCCGAAGACAUCGCCAAGAAGACGGGGGAGAAGUACAUCGAGGCGUAUGAGCUGUUGACGGGCAGGAAAUGGAACCCAUAAGGCUGCAGACGAAAGAAUGAAGUGACUUUUACAUAUUAUACAAAAAU